UUUGCUGUGUGCGUGAGUGUUUGACUAAGAAUCAGGUGAUGGUGAAAACAUGACCUAAUUCCGCUCAGCAUCUUGGACAUUUUAGCCAGGAACAGAACCAAAAAUCGCGCUUAGAAAACCACCCCCGUAACCUUAACCCCCCGAACGCCGAAAGUCUCACCCUUAACCCUUAACCGAAGCACUUUGGUGGCUUCCUGUUUCCGCAUUCUAAUUAGAUUGCCAUCACUUGACAAUUUGAUUGCCAGCCGUCUUGAUGAACUGUUCCUCAUCCUCCUCCUUCUUCUUCUUCUCUUUCCGCCCCUCGAAUUGCAGCGCCACCCGUUCCACCGCUCCACCACCACGCCCCCUAAGCGAACCCCAAGCGCUGCCCAUCUGCCAGCAGCGGAAUGGAGCAGCUGUGCUACCUGGCGCUGUGCGUCCUGCUGGCCAUCGUCGUGCUCUACGGGCUCCUGGAGCUCCACUACUUCCUGCGCAUGUGCCUCUGCGUGCUGCUGGCGCGGUUUGUGAAGAGGCGCUGCCACAUCCUGGACGCCACCACGGUCAACGGACUCUGCCUCACCAACGAUGUGGACACCUUGUUGUACCACAUGAACAACGCUCGUUACUUCCGUGAGCUGGACUUUGCCCGCGUGGACUUCUACGAGCGGACCAAUCUGUACCGCACCAUCACGGGAAUGGGCGGUUCCGUGUUCCAGGGGGCGGCCACCAUUCGCUACCGCCGCUUCAUCCGCCCCUUCCACCGGUUUAACAUUGUGUCGCGGAUAAUUUACUGGGACGAGCAGUCGCUGUUCAUGGAGCAUCGAUUCGUGCGUCCUUCGGACAAGUUUGUCCACUGCAUCGCCAUCUGCCGCCAGCGGGUGAUCGACGUGUCCAUGGAGGCGGUGAUGGCCGAACUUCUGCCCAGGACCUCCUCCAACGGAUUCCGGGCGACGGCGUCGCCUUCGCUGGCUGCUCCCACGACGGCGGCUUCAGCGACGUCGGCGGCUGGCGGCAUUAGCAAUCCGGCGAUGGACACUUCGCUGGCGGAGAAUGGACAUGGGACGACGAGCGGAGGCAGUGCCACGCCCACCGCGGCGGCAGCGGCGCACUGCCUCAAGCUGAAGCCCUCGCUGCCGCCGGAGCUGUCCAAGUGGAUCGAGUACAACGAUAUGUCCAGCAAGAAUCUGCGCAGCGGCUGCUGACUGGAGUCGUU